AUGGAAAUUGUUAUGAAUAUAGAUGUGAAUGUGGAUAAAGACAAAAAAGAAGCAAUUAAAUGGAAUUUUAAAGGUGCUGAAAAAGGAGAUCCUAAGGCACAAUUUGAUUUAGGACGUUUUUGUACAGUUUAUGAUGAGAAUCAAUACCUUUAUGAAGGACGUGGAACUGUGCAAGAUAUUACUAAAGCUAUAUAUUGGUUAAAUAAAGCAAAUGAAAAUAGGAAUAGAGAUGUCAAUGGGUUAUUAAAUGAAGUAAUUGAAGUAAUUGAUCGAAUGAUCUUUAUGUAA